AUGUCGUCCAGCCCUUCAGCCAGACCUCCAGACGUCCAGGUGAUUGACCAGUUGUUUGAACUCCAGGAGAGUUUUUUUGCCCAUGUGCUUCAGUGCCUGGAGACAUUGGACCUGGACGAGAUCCGCCUGCUCGGAUUGCCGGUGGGCCACUUAGGACUCGUUUCCACCCCCGAGUUGGCCGUCAGAUUCAACCUCGUCAAGAAGUACCGGCUCCAGCUCGCUCACUUGCACACCUUCGACGAGGCCGAAAGAGUGUACACCACGCUCUUCGAGUUCAUAUCCCCCAGUUUGGCCCAGCUCGAGCGCUGUUUCUUGCAAAAACUGGCCAAUUUCGCCGUGGAGCCCAAGAACGAUCUCAGCACAGAAAACCACACCUUUCUCGGUUACUUCGUCAACUACUUCUUCCCAGGCGACCAGCUCACCAGGGUGGUCCAGUUUGUUCGGGACUCGCCCGCCCAUCUCCAAUUGUGCCGCGGUAACCUCCAGGCCUCCCGCACCAUGUUGGAUACCAGGCUCCCCGAGGUGUUUGGCGAGUUGUCGUUCGAAAUGGACAUUUUCCUGAUCAAAUACAACUUGGAGCAAUACUCGUUGUUGUAUCCCCACCGCAACACAGAUGAAAAACAGGCGGCCAUGUUCAAACUCUCCAUUCUCAAGGAGUUGGCAUUCGACCCCGAAAUCAACGACGAAUUCGAGGCCAACUACGAAAAUUCCAUUUUGAGGCGAAUUUUGAACAACGAAAUGAACUCCAGCCCUAACACCUUCGACGAGUCCCAGCAGAAGGUGUUGGACCUCAUGGAGAUUGUCACCUUCCAUCUCGACUCCAUCCCCCGCGUGUACGAUCUUGUGCUCCAAUUCAUCGAACUCUUGACCCUCAAAAAAGUGCCGUUGGAAAACAAAACGACAAAAGCUCCCAUGCCGAACUACUGCCACCACUACAAGAACAUGCUCGAAAAGUGGGUGGCCGAAUGCACCACCCUCACCGAUCGAGUGGUGGAGCAGGGCACUAUGGGGCUCAGUUACACCAGCACAUUUUUUGAAUUGGGGUUCCGGCUCCAAACGUUCCACCUUCUGCUCAAAGACUUUCUAAACUUCAACAUAAAGACAUCAUACAAUAGACUCUUCUACAAAGACGAACUACAUUUCUACGACCAGAUUCACAGCUACUGCGAAUGUUUCGAUAAGAUCGUCGCCAUAAUAAAGACUCAUUACACCGAUCCCGACCAGUUGCGAAACUCGAAAUUUGCCGAGUUCGAAACCACGGACUCGCUCAUCAAAGACGCCUUCUUCGACUUGCAUCACUUCCACCAGCGAUUCCAGUACGAAAGAAAGAUUUCGAGAAUAUUUCACGAGGUCCAGCCACCGUGA